GCUAUAUUUGAAUCAUCAAAUUGAAGGGCUAAUUGAUCUAUAUAUUAAAAAUAUAUAGCAUCAAUGGGUCAAAUGAUUGUUCAGGUGGUUUUGGUGGCAGUUAUGGUGGUGCUUGUGGGAGUGGCUGGGGCAACUCCUCCUGGGAUAGCGAAGAAUCCAAGCCAUGCAACUUGCAAAAUAAAGAAGUAUAAACAUUGUUACAAUUUGGAGCAUGUUUGCCCCAAAUUUUGCCCUGAUGGAUGCACUGUGGAAUGUGCUUCUUGCAAGCCCAUUUGUGCUGGGGGUUCUAACCCUACUCCAUCACCAUCAGAAACACCCUCAACACCUUCUUACUAUCCACCUCCAUCAACACCUUCAACUCCUUCUUCUCCUCCUCCUCAAACUCCUUCGCCUUCAACACCUUCUUCAACUCCACCACCAACAACUCCUUCAUCUCCACCACCAUCAACACCAUCUCCAACUCCUCCACAAACUCCUUCAUCUCCAACUCCUCCUCAAACUCCUUCACCUUCAACUCCAACUCCUCCUUCUGGACCAAAAACAGCAAGAUGCAGGAACAAGAACUACCCUAAGUGCUACAACAUGCAAUUCACUUGUCCUAGCGCCUGCCCUGCUGCAUGUGAGGUUGACUGCAACACUUGUAAACCUGUUUGCAAUUGUGACAGACCAGGAGCAGUUUGCCAAGACCCUCGUUUCAUCGGCGGCGAUGGCACCACAUUCUACUUCCACGGCAAGAAAGACACCAACUUCUGCCUCGUCUCCGAUCCAAACCUCCACAUCAACGCCCACUUCAUCGGCAGAAGAAGCCAAAACAUGAAAAGAGACUUCACCUGGGUUCAAUCCAUCGCCAUCCUCUUCAACAACAACCACACACUCUUCAUCGGGGCCCAAAAAACCGCCGCAUGGGACGACUCCAACGACCGCGUUGACCUCUCCUUCGACGGUCAACCCAUCACACUCCCACAAUCAGAAGGAGCCACGUGGACAUCCCAAACCUCCCCCAGCGUAACCGUUUCUAGGGCUGAAGACUCCGCCACCAACAGCGUGGUUCUUGAGGUCGAAGGGAAACUGAAGGUGAGCGCAAAGGUUGUUCCUAUAACUGAAGAAGAUUCUAGAAUUCAUAGCUAUGGGGUUACCGAAGAGGAUUGUUUUGCGCACCUUGAUUUAGGGUUCAAGUUCUUGGAUCUGAGCAGAGAAGUGAGUGGGGUGUUGGGACAAACUUAUAAGGAAAACUAUGUGAGCCGUUUGGAUAUUGGAGCUAAAAUGGCCGUGAUGGGUGGUAGUGGAAGUGAAUUCGAGAGUUCUAGCUUGUUCUCCACAGAUUGUUCUGUUUCUCGUUUUGUUGGUGACAGUAAUAAUAUUGGAGAGAAGAGCAGUUUUGAAGGGUUGAGCUGCCAAAGUGGAAUUGAUGGACAAGGAGUUGUUUGCAGGAGAUAGGUUAUUGUUUCUGCAGCUUUAUGUUAAUUUGAUUAUCAGACACCUUUACUUGUUUAAUUUGUUUAUGUUUUUAUCUUAUGAGAAUAAAUUACAUAAUCAUCAAAGAACACUGGACUAAUUUGAUGAUGCUGUAAUGGUUAUUAAUUGGAAAUUAUUGU